GCUGAUUAGUAUCCCACUGAUGGUUUAGUUAAAAAUGGGUGCCUGCGCCGAGAGCCUUGUACACGGCCACAGCCCGUUCCCUCAUCCAUUUUUGGAAUCUGUCUGUUGUCAUCAAAGGCCAAUUAAUCUUUCAAGCAAGUUGGACUUAGAGGACCAAUGGACAGGCAAUGAUUGUCGCUCGCAUAGUGGCUCUCGGUGAACCUUGACUAUCUCGUUUUCGUGUUGACUCUUUGUCGAUAAUGGACAUUUCUUGAUCCUUGUUUUUGCGAAAGCGAAUGCGCGUCAAACACGCGUUCCAAUCUCGCAGAUGGAGACUUCCUUCCAGAGAGGAGCCACCCAUUCCGAAAAAAGUGGCUUCAGGGGUGAUUUCACAGCACAUGACAAGAGGACGCCUGCACUGGCCGAAUAUCCAUGAAUUACGAUGGAGUCCAGCGAGGCAAACUUCUGCCAUCCCUACCAACCUUAUGACAUACAGCUGGAGUUCAUGACACAACUGUACCGGUGCAUCGAGGGGAAGAAGGUAGGCAUCUUUGAAUCUCCAACCGGUACAGGAAAGUCUUUGAGUUUGAUAUGUGGCGCCUUGACUUGGCUCCGUGAUCAUGAACGCCGUGCCCUCGAUAGCACGCUAAAGGCGGAGAAUAAGGAUGCGCAAGACGACUGGCUGUUGCAGGCUGAAGCGGAUGCCCGCCGUCGCGAAUUGCUUCUUGCCCGGGAAGAACUGGAGCGGAGACUUGCCACGCUUCGCGAGGAAGAGGCUCGUCAGAAGCAGCAGAAGUUGGAGAACCGGUCUGCCAAAAAAGCGCGCCUUGUCGGCGGAACAGGGCCAGAGAAUCAUGCAGAUGAUGAAGAAUUUCUGGUCGCAGACUACCACAGCGAUGAAGAGGACAGUACCAAAGUUGAGACCGCCAGCAUUGGCUUCUCUAGUUCUACUCAAGCUCUGCUGGACAGAUUACAGAAACCAACAAAAGAAGAAGUCGACCAGCCAGAAGAAAAUCGGCUAAAAAUCAUUUAUUGUUCGCGCACUCACUCCCAGCUUACUCAGUUUGUGAACGAGUUACGACGUGUAAAACCUCCCUCGUCGAUUCCGUCAGCAUUUGAUAACCUGAGACCGAGCACCGACCUGGAGGAGCGUGUGAAGCAUCUCCCCCUUGGAUCGAGGAAGAACUUGUGUAUCAACCCCAAAGUUGCACGCCUCUCAUCCACUACGGCGAUCAAUGAACAAUGUCUUGAGCUUCAGAAGCCGGGAACCGCAAAAGACAAGAAAUGUCCGUACUUGCCGUCCAAGGAAGACAGACAGAGAAUGGAAUCCUUUCGCGACAAAGCCAUUGCACAAAUCAGGGACAUCGAAGACCUUGCUCAUCUCGGCAAGAGAAUGGAUCUGUGUCCGUAUUAUGCUUCUCGCAGUGCAAUCACGUCAGCUGAAGUACUUACCCUGCCCUAUCCUCUCCUUUUACAAAAAUCAGCCCGCGAAGCACUGGGCAUCUCGGUCAAGGACGAUGUUAUCAUCAUUGAUGAAGCCCACAACUUGGCGGAUGCUAUUGCAGAAACGUUCUCUGCGGCCUUACGGUUGAGUCAGCUUGAUCAAGCUGUGCAUCAAGUUACUGCGUAUGCAGUGCGAUUCAAGAAUCGCUUGAAAGGCAAGAAUCGAGUUUACGUAACCCAAGUCCUACGGCUGUUAAACUCGUUUACAGACUGCCUCCGAAGCGUGGGAGAGAAGUCACACAUGAAGGAUGUAACUGUCACAGCCAGCCAGCUGAUGUCCGGUAAAGGCGUGGACCAGAUCAGACCACACAAGCUGAUGCGGUAUUUGCAUGAGAGCAAAUUGUGUCACAAGGUCGAAUCAUACACUGAAGUUCAAAAGAGUGUGGAGGGCCAGAACCAAGGCAAAGGCGCGUUGAUGCAGUUCCAGAAUUUCUUGUCACUUCUGAUGAAUCCCGAUGAUGAGGGCAGAUUUUUCGUCGUUCGCCAGGAUGGCGAUAUCACCGUUCAUUAUACGUUGCUCGACCCCAGGGAACAUUUUCGAGAUGUGGUUGAGGAUGCUCGAGCAGUCAUUCUAGCAGGAGGAACAAUGUCACCCAUGGCUGAUUAUGCCAAUUACCUGUUUUCCUAUCUCGACAAGGACAGGCUCGAGACUUUCAGCUUCGGUCAUGUCGUCCCGUCCAGCCAUCUUUUUGCUCAACCGGUUGUUCAAGGGCCUUCAGGAUCCGAGUUCGAUUUCACAUUCGAGAAACGCAGAUCAGAACAAAUGAUCUUGGAACUGGGCCAUCUCGUUUCUCGAACAUGCAAAAUCGUGCCAGACGGGGUUGUGGUUUUCUUCCCGAGCUACGAUUACCUCGCCCAAGUUGUAGCUGUCUGGCAAAAACAACCACCUGCCCUACCUCUGCUGCAAUCGUUAGGAAAGACCAAGGUAACAUUCCAAGAGUCUAAGGGCGUCUCUGUCGAUGAACUCCUCAGAGAUUAUGCAAACGCGGUGGACUCGGGUAAGGGAGCACUUUUGCUGUCAGUCGUUGGCGGGAAGCUUUCCGAAGGGAUCAAUUUCUCGGACAAGCUCGGCCGAGUGGUUAUCGCAGUUGGUCUUCCUUUCCCGAAUGCAAACGGGGCAGAGUGGAAGGCAAAAAUGCAGCAUGUCGAAUCACUUCGAUAUCAACAAUGCAGGACAGAGUCCAUUCUGCCUGAGAGCCAGUGGCAGAUUGAGGCAAAGAGGGCAAGCCGGGAUUUCUAUGAGAAUGCUUGUAUGCGCGCUAUAAAUCAGAGCAUUGGCAGAGUGAUCCGGCACAGGAAUGACUAUGCGGCAAUUAUCAUGGUCGACCGACGGUAUGCAACGGACAGGAUCAGAACAAAACUACCGAAGUGGAUUCAAGGUAGCAUAGGCAGUGAUGCGAAGUCGUGGGACGAAAUUGAAAGGGGCCUGGUAGAGUUCUUUCGUACAAAGCCGAGAUAGAGAGCCAGAGCUGUGGAAGAGCGCACUUCAAUCGGUGCGCAAAAAGCUUAGCUAAGGUUAUAACACAGUAGAAGCAUGCACAUUAAUACUCGCAUAUCUUUGUUGCACA